AUGAAACCAUUUGCUUCAUUUAAGGUUCUUCUCUGUUUAGGAUUCUUCCUUGCAGGCUGCGCAGCAUUACCCAAAAAUGAAGUUGAUGCUUUGAUUUCAUUCAAGAAAGCUAUUUUUGAUGACCCUUUGCUGGUUUUUUCCAAUUGGAACACUGUGGACCCGAACCCUUGCCAUUGGUAUGGCAUUUUUUGUUCCAAGGCUGGUGAUCGUCUUCUGAAACUAAAUAUUUCGGGAAAAUCCUUAAAGGGUUUUAUCGCGCCAGAGUUGAAGAAGCUGUUGAUUUUACAAGAAUUAAUUUUGCACGGGAAUUUGCUGAUGGGCUCAAUACCUAGUGAGAUUGGCCUAUUGAAAAACCUCAAGGUGCUCGAUUUAGGCUCAAACCGGCUAACAGGGAAUAUUCCACCUGAGCUCGGGAACUUAAGCAGCAUUCUGAAAAUAAAUCUUGAAUCCAAUGGGUUAACCGGAAAGUUGCCUUCGGAGCUUGGUAAUUUGGAAUACCUUGAAGAGCUUCGAUUAGAUAGGAAUAGGCUUCUGGGAUCAGUUCCUGCUCAUAAUGCCUCCGAGAGAAGCUUGCCUUCCAAUGGAACUCUUAUGGGAUUUUGUCGAUUCUCGCAACUGAAAGUAGCUGACUUCUCGUACAAUUUCUUGGUUGGAAGCAUACCCAAGUGCUUGGCAUAUCUUCCUAGGUCAAGUUUUCAGGGUAAUUGUCUUCAAGCCGAUGAUAUCAAACAGCGCCCGGUUGCACAAUGUGGUAACCCCUCAGAUUCUCCCCCAACAAACGCUCAUUCGGAGGUAAUGUCAAAGCCAUUACCUACUAAGAAUGAAUCAAAACAUCAAGAUAGUUCGUCUAAACCCGCAUGGGUUUUGGCCCUUGAAAUAGCUACUGGAAUUACAGUGGGUCUUGUAUUUGUCAUCGUUCUCUUUACUGCCGUCCGAAAGUUUAAGAGGAAACCUUCGAACAUCAUGAGAUGGAAGAAGUCCUCGAGUGUAAUUGCAAAGGACAACUUGACGCUUUAUAUAGAUUCCGAAUUACUCAAGGACGUGACGAGAUACAGCAGAAAAGAACUCGAAGUAGCCUGUGAGGAUUUCAGCAACAUCAUCGGAUCAUCCCCCGAUAGCCUCGUUUAUAAAGGCACAACAAAAGGAAGAUCUGAAAUUGCGGUUAUAUCACUUGGCUUGAAAGACGAGCAGUGGACUGGCUACCUCGAGCUGUAUUUUCAGAAAGAGGUGGCUUGUUUGGCGAGACUAAAUCAUGAGAAUGUGGGAAAGUUGCUUGGUUAUUGCAGAGAAAGCAGCCCGUUUACUAGGAUGCUGGUGUUCGAGUACGCAUCCAACGGGACACUCUACGAGCACCUUCAUUAUGGAGAGGCGUGUCAGUUCUCUUGGACACGGCGCAUGAAGAUUAUUGUUGGGAUUGCUCGGGGUUUAAGAUACCUUCACAUGGAACUAGACCCGCCUUUUACAAUAUCUGAGCUGAAUUCAAGCUCCAUUUAUCUUACUGAAGAUUUUUCUCCCAAGCUGGUCGAUUUUGAAUGCUGGAAGACAAUUCUUUCAAGAUCAGAAAAGAGCUCCGGCGCCUUAAGCAAUGAAGGUUCGGUUUGUGUAAUCCCGAAUUCUCUUGAAGAACGUAAUCUCGAUAUUCAGGGCAACACUUACUCGUUCGGCAUUCUUUUACUCGAGAUCAUCAGUGGUCGAUUGCCAUACAGCCAAGAAAAAGGGUGCUUGCUCGAUUGGGCCAAGGAAUAUUUGGAUUUGCCGGAAGUCAUAUCGUAUGUGGUGGAUCCCGAGCUAAAACAUUUCAGGUACGAAGAUCUGAAGGUCAUAUGUGAGGUCGUGGGCCUGUGCAUAUACCCAAAAACGAGCACACGAACAUCCAUGCGGGACUUGUGCUUCAUGCUGGAGAACGGCAUAGACACGUCUGUGUCUGCCGAUAUUAGGGCAUCCUCGCUGGCUUGGGCAGAGCUGGCGCUUUCGUCGUAA